AUGUCUCCGAAACCGAAGCCGAAUAAAUCACACGUGACACCCAGCGCUGAGCGACGGGAACACCUCUAUAAGAUCCUGGUCAUAGGCGAGCUGGGUACCGGGAAGACGUCGAUCAUCAAGCGAUAUGUGCAUCAGUUCUUCAGCCAGCACUACCGCGCCACCAUAGGCGUCGACUUCGCUCUGAAAGUCCUCAAUUGGGACUCGAAUACGAUAAUACGCUUGCAACUAUGGGACAUCGCAGGCCAGGAGCGUUUCGGCAACAUGACCCGGGUGUAUUACAAGGAGGCGGUCGGCGCGUUCAUAGUGUUCGACGUGUCCAGGGUGGCGACGUUCGACGCCGUCGUCAAGUGGAAGAACGACCUGGACACCAAAGUGCAACUCCCUGACGGAUCCCCGAUACCGUGCAUACUGUUGGCGAAUAAGUGCGACCAGCAAAAAGAGGGCAUAGUUAAUUCCGCGGCGAAAAUGGAGGAGUACUGCCGCGAAAAAGGAUUCGCCGGUUGGUUCGAGACAUCCGCCAAGGAGAAUAUUAACAUCGAGGAGGCUGCACGGUCCCUUGUUAAUAAGAUACUGCUGAACGACAAGCUGUUGAACAACGGCGACAAGGACGGCGAUAGGUUGACGCUCGAGCACAAGAUCGCGAACGGCGAGAACGGCAGGGGCGGCGGCGGCAAGUCCUGCGCAUGC